AAAAAAGUAUUCAAUUGGUGCGGGAUAGGAGAUAAACAAAAUACAUUUCAACAGUUAAUAAUUAUUAUAAUUCCAGACUAAAUUUGGCUUUCAUCUAUUUCUUUACUUAUAAUUAAUGCUUGUUGAUUUGGGCAAUUUGAUCCUGUUUGUGACAGUUUAUUAAAGGCAAAAAAAAACAUUUUAAAAGAAAAUAAAUCUAGUCGUUGGGGAUUGCUUGCAUUCCUGAAUCUAUUCAGCUGAAGUCUGGUUCUGCUCUUCUGGAAGCCAAGAUGGAGCAUGAGGGACGAUGUCUCAAAACUGAGAAGAAGAUGAAAGGAGUUGCUUCAGCUCCUGAGGCCAAGGCUGCCUGCUGCUGCACAGUUGGUUCAGAGGACUGUGACACUGUCAAUACAGACCUCCUACUGAAAGAGCUGCAAGACAUCUCAGUAACACCUGAGAAGAAGGGAAAGUGCAACAAAGUGUCUCAGAGAGAUAAAGACCCUGGGAAAGGGGAGAACAUGCAGCUGAAGGAAAGCGAGGCCACCAAAAACCAAAAAUCCAGAGCAAUAAAACAGAACCUGGUCACUCGGGAUGAAUGGCUUCGGCUUACAAAAAAUUCAUAUUCAGCAAUCAACCCUGUGAGAACAGCUGCUGUGAAAACUUGUACUACGCUUGACUUCACAAGACAAGCAUCGGGGGAGAAGACCCCUGUACAGCCUGCAAAAGCAGAGGACGUACAACUGAAGCAAAGCGAAUCACCCGAAAACAAAAAAUCCAGAGCAAUAAAACAGAACCUGGUCACUCGGGAUGAAUGGCUUCGGCUUACAAAAAAUUCAUAUUCAGCAAUCAACCCUGUGAGAACAGCUGCUGUGAAAACUUGUACUACGCUUGACUUCACAAGACAAGCAUCGGGGGAGAAGACCCCUGUACAGCCUGCAAAAGCAGAGGACGUACAACUGAAGCAAAGCGAAUCACCCGAAAACAAAAAAUCCAGAGCAAUAAAGCAGAACCUGGUCACUCGGGAAGAAUGGCUUCGGCUUACAAAGAAUUCAUAUUCAGCAAUCAACUCUGUGAGAACAGCUGCUAUGAAAACUUGUACUACGCUUGACUUCACAAGACAAGCAUCGGAGGAUGAGGCCCCUGUACAGCCUGCAAAAGCAGAGGACGUACAACUGAAGCAAAGCGAAUCACCCGAAAACAAAAACUUCAGAGCAAUAAAACAGAACCUGGUCACUCUGGAAGAAUGGCUUCGGCUUACAAAGAAUUCAUAUUCAGCAAUCAACCCUGUGAGAACAGCUGCUAUGAAAACUUGUACUACGCUUGACUUCACAAGACAAGCAUCGGAGGAUGAGGCCCCUGUACAGCCUGCAAAAGCAGAGGACGUACAACUGAAGCAAAGCGAAUCACCCGAAAACAAAAACUUCAGAGCAAUAAAACAGAACCUGGUCACUCUGGAAGAAUGGCUUCGGCUUACAAAGAAUUCAUAUUCAGCAAUCAACCCUGUGAGAACAGCUGCUAUGAAAACUUGUACUACGCUUGACUUCACAAGACAAGCAUCGGGGGAGGAGGCCCCUGUACAGCCUGCAAAAGCAGAGGACGUACAACUGAAGCAAAGCGAAUCACCCGAAAACAAAAAAUCCAGAGCAAUAAAGCAGAACCUGGUCACUCGGGAAGAAUGGCUUCGGCUUACAAAGAAUUCAUAUUCAGCAAUCAACUCUGUGAGAACAGCUGCUGUGAAAACUUGUACUACGCUUGACUUCACAAGACAAGCAUCGGGGGAGAAGACCCCUGUACAGCCUGCAAAAGCAGAGGACGUACAACUGAAGCAAAGCGAAUCACCCGAAAACAAAAACUUCAGAGCAAUAAAACAGAACCUGGUCACUCUGGAAGAAUGGCUUCGGCUUACAAAGAAUUCAUAUUCAGCAAUCAACCCUGUGAGAACAGCUGCUAUGAAAACUUGUACUACGCUUGACUUCACAAGACAAGCAUCGGGGGAGAAAACUUGA